UGAGAACAUGUUGUUUCCAAAGUUGAUAUCAAUGAAUACAGCCCACUUUGACUUUACUGGAUGUAACUUUACAGAGAGGAACAUGUACACGAAGGAUAAGAGGGAUGGUAUGUCAAAGGAAGGUAGUGGGAGAGUAGCAAUAUACAAGGCAUUAGGCAUAAUACACAGUUACACACUAGAAUGUAAUUACAAUACUGGACGUAUGGUGAACCCUGUACCCCAGGCGUAUGGGGAUGAUGGGCGGGCUACACCUCCACCACUGGCAGGCUUCCCACCAAAAUACACGCAGGCACACUUUGAAGAGGUUGGUCGGGCUCUAGCUAUUGCUGCUAUAGACAUGUUUGAUGUUAAUCCAUGGUCAAGACUGACCUUAUCUGAACAUAACUGUCUAUCUGGUGUACGUGAUUCUGUGAGAAGAUUCCUUCGAAGUAUACGAGGAGGUCCCAGAAUUCCUAGAAACCCAAGUAAACCUCUCUCCAGGAGUAAUAGUAUAAAUAGUACAAGCAAUCAGGGUGCUACACGAGGGUUCAGAUUUGGUAAUAGUAAUGACAAUUCUGGACCGAGUAGACAAACAAUUUCCCGUCACAACUCAACAGAAUCAACAAACUCCAUGACAAGUGUUGCAUCACGAUACUCACGCCGGGAAUCAGUCAACCAGAACAGGCGGGAAUUGGGACCUGUUAGAGAAACUACUCGGUCAAACAUGGCACAGAAUAGAAGACGUCCCAAUGUUCCCAACAGUCAACCAGUGAGUAGAUCAGCUCCACAAGCUUCAUCAUCUGGGUCACAACCAGUCAGUCUCACCAUGACAACAGCUGCCAUGGAUACAAAAGAAGGCAGACAAUAUUCCGCUGGUAGUAAUUUAUCACAGUUGUCUAGAAUGGCUGAAGAAGAGAAGGUAGAACAAUUGAAGAAUAUGUCAAAUUUGAUGAAUUUGGCCAAGAAAGGUCCAGGACCAAAUAGUCGUAUACCUCUUCCUACAGGACGAUAUUUCCUUAACCUGUCUCCUUCAGAAAUCCCGCCUCCAAGGACUCCUGUUCACAGCAAUGUUCGCCCACCCAAAUCAGGUGGUAUGCGCAAAGCUAGCAUGGAACGAACAUUACCUUUAGACUCGCCCUCCACAUAUAGAGGUUUGACGCCUGUAGGUCAGUCUGGGAGAGAAAUACUUGAUAUACCUAAAGCCAGUGCUACAUCAUUAUCUCAUCAUCAGGCCAAACCUACAACCAUUGAAGCUAACAUGAAUGUCAAUAACAAUGAAUCAGAAUCUCAGAAAAGGCGUCGUAGAUACACGAUGUUGAAGAGACGUAAUUUAACAAAUCAAUCUCCGAGUUCUGGUAAAAACAGUGGUGGUAAUAUCCGCUCUGUUGUACGCCCAGCACAAGAUUCGGGAAGUGAGGCAGAUAAAGGCGGGAAAUCAAAAAGAAAAAGAAAGAAAUCCUCGAGAAAAAAUAUUUCCAUGGCUUCACCAUCAUCUGAUGAUACAGGCCAAGUACAAGGACCCUUGUUUAAGCCCGUGCCAGCAUGGCAUGCAAUGACUAUAUUAAACAGUGGUAAAAGAAACCUCUUACAUCGGACUUCAAAACACGCCACCAAUAUCGGCGACGGGACAGUUCCGCGAUCACAUGGACAGUUAUCGGCAUCAUCAACAGCAACAACUUACAGACAGGCACCACAAUCAAACAGAGGUAGCUCAGGUAUGGUAAAUCUAGAGACAUAUUUACGUCAGGCUGGAAAUCUUCGACCACCACCAAGACCCACAAAUAUCAAUCCUAAUAAACUGAACAUAUUUUGGGUAGAUUACUGAUGAAUACAGUUCAACAAUGUAUAAACAGCAACAGUUAUAAGUGACCUUAAGAGUUACAGUAUUCAAAUGUUAGCUAUUAGUGUUUUUACUUUACUUAAAAACAAAGUGAUCCUGUUUAAAUCAGGUUUUGUUUUGUUAAAGAUCAUUUCAAAUUAAUCAUCACUGGAUUAUUGAAAGAUUAAUUUGAAAAAAAAUUGUCAAAUCUUUACCUCUAAUGAACAACUUUGACUGAUUUUAGGUGCAAAGUAUUAAAAGGUAUUCAUGCAGGAUUUUUGUUAAGUAUAUACAUGUAUAGAUAAUUGAUGUGUUAGUAAAUGAAUUACUUAAACCAUUUGAAACUCUAUUGUUAUGGCUUAUGUAUAGACAUAUCAGUAAAGAUUGAUGCCUCUAUCUAAGUUCCUACCAUUUAUCAUUAUGAUCUAAUGAAAGCUCAGCUGGCCAUAUAUUAAUCUGGCAUGCAUCUAUAUUUUGUUGUAUAUUUUGAUUAAGAAAACUUAUAGGUUAUGAUUUUCACAUUUGAUGGUUUAGUUUCUACACAGUUAAGCAAGUUAUGUAUAACUAUUGACUUUAUGCCUCUUGCUUCUCAUUGCUGAUAAAGCUGCCCAGCUAGCUUAUGUAUUGUCUUGGUUUCUCCUCCUCUAUGCCUGAAAUAAUGCAUAGACUUGGGCACCUAUGGUCUUCCCCUUCCUCCACCAGUAAAUUCUGGUGCCAAAUGACAUAAACUGUGUUGGUGUGCCAUAAAAC